AGCAUCACUCUCAAUUAGACGUAUACAGGGAGGAUAUAUAUUGAUGUAUAUAUAUAUAGAAGAUUGGGAAAUACCCGAACACAUCCAGAUAUCAUCCCAGGAAUUGCAGAGGGCAUUGUAGAAUAGAUAUCUCGAGAAAUUAAUGUCGGAGAUGACUCGGCAGCCAACUCGGAACAGCUGGAUAGCCUCAGGCUACAAGGCAGGGGCAGCUCCCAAAAAGGAAACGAAGAGAUUUGAAAAGAAGUUCAGCAACAACUCGGGCUUCAACAUCACAUCCUCUCCUUCAACACUCUCGCUUUCCUCGCUUUCAUCUCUUCUACUCCUUCUUGUAUCCUUACCACUUCACCCCUCCUUCAUCCCCAUCUCUCUCCGCUCCUUUCCUUCCCUAUUCUCUCUUCUUUCCUCCUCCCCCCUCCGUUCUCUUCAACCCACCGCCUCCCACAUCCAUCCAUCCAUCCCUCUUUGGGACUUCAUUGAUUCGUCUGAGUGUCCUCUCGUUUCCGCUUUAUUUGUCAGGUGCCGAUCGGGUGUCGUUUUCUCCUUCCAAAAACGUUUGCUUGGGGAAUGGUACUGGCAGAAGUUCAUUUUCGUAAGUCCCCUGCUCCGUCCUGAUCCCUUUUCGUUUUUUGAUUCCCUUUUUCCUUCGGUUCCGAGAGUGGGUGCAAAUACGAGCUGUCGGUAUUUCCCCCGGCUCUGGCGUCUCGUGGAUCUCUGGAGUUGGGAUGCUAUUUCCCUCCGAAUGGAUUUCCCUCUGCCCUCCCUCCCCUCCCUACGUAUCGGCCUUGUCCAGGCGUCCGCCCCCCCCCCCCAACCUUAUUAGAUAAUAUUUGAAGUGGGUUACAGCGAAGUAAGAUAUUAGGAGUAUCGUCCAAGUUUGGGGGGAAAAUAAUCGAAAAAGAAGAACAAGGCAAGCAGAGGAUC